AUUCACCAAAAAUCUGUCGCCUGACAAGAUCAACCUGAGCACAUUAAAAGGGGAAGGUCAGUUGACCAACCUGGAGCUGGAUCAAGAGGUGCUUCAGAACAUGCUGGAUCUACCAACGUGGCUGGCUAUAAACAAGGUCUUUUGCAAUAAAGCAUCCAUUAGGAUACCGUGGACAAAAUUGAAAACGCUUCCCAUCUCCUUGUCCUUGGAUAAAGUUGUAAUGGAAAUGAGUACAUGUGAAGAGCCACGUGCCCCUAAUGGACCCUCUCCUAUAGCAACUGCAUCAGGACAAAGUGAAUAUGGCUUUGCUGAAAAAGUGGUAGAAGGAAUUUCGGUUUCUGUGAAUUCCAUUAUAAUAAGGAUUGGCGCAAAAGCCUUUAAUGCCUCAUUUGAACUUUCCCAGCUGAGAAUAUAUAGUGUAAAUGCAAAUUGGGAACAUGCUGACCUGAGAUUUACCAGAAUACAAGAAGCUCAACGUGGAGAGGUUUUGACUUUCAAAGAAAUCAACUGGCAGAUGAUCAGAAUAGAGGCAGAUGCAAUCCAGAGUUCUAAGCAUGAAAUCAUGAGUGCUCCUGUUCGACUCAUUACCAACCAGUCAAAAAUCAGGGUCACGCUUAAACGAAGGUUAAAGGAUUGUAAUGUAGUGGCAUCAAAACUGAUUCUGAUUCUGGAUGAUUUGCUCUGGGUUUUGACGGAUUCCCAGUUGAAAGCCAUGGUGCAGUAUGCCAAAUCUCUUAGUGAAGCCAUAGAGAAGUCAACUGAACAGAGAAAAAGCUUGGCUUCUGAAACGACACAGAGCUCUGCCCCUGCACCCAGCUCUCAGCAGGUGAAAGCACACCAGACAACAGCAGCACCUGAUCAGAAUGAUGCCAUUGUGAAACUGUUUAAUGAUUAUGAUGUUAAGGAGACUUCUCAUCAUUUAGUAAUUUCCCAUUUGGACCUACAUAUUUGUGAUGAUAUCCAUUCUAAAGAAAAAGACUCAAAUAGACGUGUUACAGGAGGGGCAAUGCAGCUUUCCUUCAGCUAUUUAACAGUGGACUAUUACCCAUUUCACAAAGCAGGAGACAGCUGCGAUCACUGGAUGCAUUAUAGCGAUGCCACUAAAGCCAGAAGUGGAUGGGCCAAAGAAUUACUAAAUGAAUUCAAAAACAAUGUUGAAUUGCUUAAGCAAGCCGUAAAGGAUCAGGCUGCAGAUUCUCCUCCCAAAUCUCCACCUGCUAUAUCUCCUGAAAACCUACCAACAGGCAACGAACAGAUACCGAAAGGAACAUCUAGGGCUUCCUCUGUAUCUUCCCAACAACCAAAGGGCAAACUGAUGUCUAGUCCUAUUGUGGUUAGACUUGCAGAUUUCAAUAUAUAUCAGGUCUCUACUGCAGACCAGUGUCGUUCUUCCCCUAAAACUCUGAUCUCUUGCAAUAAAAAGUCACUUUAUCUUCCACCAGAAAUGCCAGCUAUUCAUUUUGAAUUCACUGAAUAUUACUACCCAGAUGGAAAAGACUUUCCUAUUCCAAGUCCAAAUUUGUAUGGUCAGCUGAAUGCUUUACAGUUCACCCUGGAUGAGAGAAGUAUUCUUUGGCUAAAUCAGUUUGUGCUGGAUUUGAAACAGAGUCUUGUUCAAUUCAUGGCCAUGUACAAGUUAAAUGACAAUUCGAAGUCGGAUGAACAUGUUGAUGUGAGAGUUGAUGGACUAAUGUUAAAGUUCAUCAUCCCGUGUGAAAGUAAACCUGAAAUUCAUAAAGAUCAACCACGUGCAAUUUCCAUUCAAAGCUCAGAAAUGAUCGCGACGAACACAAGAUUCUCGCCAAACUGCAGGCACUCCGAUCUGGAAGCUUUGUUUCAGAACUUCAAAGACUGUGAAUUCUUCAGUAGAACUUUCACUGCAUUUCCUAAGUCCCAGCAGAAUUUUAACCUUUUGCAUCCAAUCUUCCAGAGACACGCUCAUGAGCAAGACACAAAAAUGCACGAUGUUUAUAAAGGUUAUAUCGCCCCAAAGUUGAAUAAGUAUGCGUUAAAGACAUCUGCAGCUACUGAUGUUUGGGCCUUGCAUUUUUCCCAGUUUUGGAUAGAUUAUGAAGGAACGAAAAGCGGGAAAGGUCGGCCAGUAAGCUUUGUGGACUCCUUCCCCCUUUCACUUUGGAUUUGCCAACCAGUGAGAUUUGCAAAGUCGCAAAAAGAGCUUUUUUCAAAUAAUCAGACAGCUUUUAACAUUCCCAAAAGUGAUUCUAGUGAUCUUGCUAACAGACUGCAACGCAAAAAACUUCUGAAGGAGUAUUAUAGCAGUGAGGCAGAGCCCUUAAAUAAUCGCAUUCAGAUGCCCCCCUUCUCUGACACCUCCGGAGCACUGUCUGAAAGUUCUUCCUCUAAUGCAGACGUUCAUGUUCUUGUCCAUAUUCAAAAGCAUGUAAGCAUGCAGAUCAAUCAUUACCAGUAUCUCUUCUUGUUGUUCCUCCAUGAAUCCCUUGUAUUACUCCUGGAAAACUUACAAAAUGAUGUAGAAGCCGUGACAGGUAAACCUGCAAAGCAGACAGAUGUCUGCAUUGGGAUCCUCCUGAAGAGUGCAGAAUUGGCCUUAUUGCUCCAUCCAGUGACUCAGGGAAACCCCUGUAAAUCUCCAGCUGUGGAAGAAGAAAGUCUGGUGGCAUCGGUGCUCUCCCCUUUGGAAAAUGGGGAAAGUCUUGCCUCAGAGAGUAAAUUAGGUAAUAAGGUAGUGCAAGGUGGUGCUACUAAUUUUGAUUAUGCGUCUGACUGCAAGCCUAUGAAUGCUGAAGGUAACAAAGGCAUUUCAAUGGAUCAUCUUUUGUCUAAAUCGGACAGCAGUAUGGAUUUUCAGAAGGGAAUGUCAUUGUCAGAUGAUGCUUCAGAUAAAGGUUUGGGAGACACAAGUGAAGGGGGAAGCAGUGGGCUUUUUAGUAGAAGUGAUUCAGAGGAGGUCUGUGGGCCGCUGGGUGACAGAAGCAGCUGGCAUCAUAGGGAUUCGGGAACCAUCCUGAGUAAGAGAGAAGAUUCUGCUGAAUUUUUCUUUGAAAAAGAGGAUGGCAAAAAUACCUUCUCAAGUAAGUUAAAUGAACAGGAAGGGACAACUGAAGGCUGCCCUGAUCAAGUCGCUGACUUGGAAACAGAAACUGCCUUAGAAUCCGAAGAGCUUGAAAUCAACAAAGAAAAAGUGACCUCAGUUAAAAUGUUUGCCUCCCAGUCCUCGUUAAGUGCAAAGUCCAAGGAACGCUGCCCAUCCAGCCUCCCCGCGUUCUCUGUUUCUUACAAGAGUAUGAAGAGAAGUCCAUCACAAGUCUCUCUGGAUACCAUUUCUAUCGAUAGUAUGAUGUUAGAGGAACAUUUGAUAGAGAGUGAUGGAAGUGACAGCCAAAGCUUUCUGGAGAAAGGCAUUACAGCCACAAACUUGCAAAGCCCAUCAGAACAUGCCCAGGAAAGAAGUGCAGUGACUGAAAAUUGUGGCGGGUCGUCCCCAGAUGCCAUGAGCGCUGCGUCAGAGAAUGCACCUGAGACUAGUGAAGAAAUGAUGUCUGUUGUAGUUUUUCAAAUAUUUGGUGUUAAUGGUGAAAUUGAUAUCAGAGGUGAAGAUACAGAAAUAUGCCUCCAGGUCAACCGGGUGAUACCAAAUCAACUGGGCAAUAUCAGUGUUCGACACUAUCUUUGCAACAGAACUGUGGGUUCGGACUGUAAAUUUGUGGCUGGACCAGUUAAUUCAUCACCUGAGAUUAGUCUGAGGUGGGAAAGUGGGCCGAGUGCUAUCGUGCAUUCUCUGCUGGCUGUAAAAAAUGGCUUUCUUCAGUGUCACAUAGAGAACUUCAGCGCGGAAUUUCUAACAUCUUCCCUCACCAAUAUUCAGCAUUUUCUAGAAGAUGAAACUGUUGCAGCAGUGAUGCCUAUGAAGAUAAAAGUUUCGAAUGCAAGGAUUAAUUUAAAAGAUGACAGCCCUCGUGAAAAUCUCAAGGUGUCUGAACUGGUGCCCAUAACACUGCAUAUUGACAUACUCUCGAUAGAAAGAAAUGAUGAUGGCUCUUUUCUCAUUAGAGACAAUCAAAGAGUAAAUGAUGUGUCAAAGAUCAAGAAAACAAGUGAUACAGUGCAUCAAGCACCUGGACCCGCCAGACAUAGAACACGGGACCAGGCCACGCAGAUAUCUUGUGGAACUCCCAGGCCUUACACACCAAGCAGGGAUUCAGCUGCCUUCCCCAGAGAUCAGCUUAUUGAAGAAAAUGAAUGUCUCAAACAGGAACUAGCCAAAGCUAAAAUGGCUCUUGCAGAGGUCCAGAUGGAGAAGGAUGCCCUGCUUCAUCGUAUAAAGAAGAUGAAUGUUGAUCGUCAUCUGUAGGAUAGUGUUCUCUUGGUGCAAGGAUGGGGGCAUCUAAAAUACUUUUGCAAAAUGC